AUGAAUGAGGAAACCCAAACUCUUUUAAAAAAGAUAUUGGAAAUGUAAUUGGAAUGCACAUAAUUAUUAACAAACAUUUUAUUCAAAAAGAAUCCUGCAUCUAAUGAUGCUGAACAACAAAACAAAAAGUCUGAUUUAUUGGAGGAGGCUAAAAUACAAUUAGAUGGCCUUAAAAGAAGAAGCAAGAAAUCUUCAAAGCCAAUAAGUUACAAUGAUACUCUUGUACAAAGUGAAGAAGAUAUAAAACUGUAGCAAUUAUUUUAGAUGACUCCAAAAGGACUACUGUAACCUGAACAAUGUUAUAAAUAACUAAAUAUGAUUGUGUAGAAAUUUCGAUAGUUGAAUUCUUUGGCCAAUAAAUCACUCCAAUUAGACUUUGAUUACAUUAAAUCUUAUCACAGUAAAAAUAAGUUUAGAUAUUUGAGAGCGAUAACUAAACUGUUUGUGAAAAACAUUAAGAAUUUAUAACAGAUUUAAUCUAAAGAUAAUUAAUCUGAAAUGUUCUAAUGUCCAUCAUGUGACUUUUCAGGCAUAAGUAGUGUGUUCUUUCCCCAUAUUUUAAAGAAGCAUUGUUAAAACUAUCAUAUUUUUUGUUGCUUUUUGUGUUCAAAAGAUUAUUAAUCUCAUACUUUGCUUCUUACUCAUUUAAAAAGAUACCAUAACAAUCCAAAAAAGAAUCAAAAAUAAGAAACAAAUUCCUCGCUCUAAUAGAUAGAUGAUGUGAGCAUAAGUCUAUGA